AUGCAAGGUGCUUUUUUGCAGGCCAUAUUUCCUCGCAUAUUUGGCCACGAAGCAUCAGGGAUUGUUGAGAGUGUGGGACAGGGAGUGACUGAAUUCAAAGAGGAGGACCAUGUGCUAAUAGUAUUCAUUGGAGAAUGUAUGUCAUGCAGGCAGUGCACAUCUGGAAAAAGCAACACUUGUGAAAUUUUGGGAUUGGAAAGGAGGGGUUUAAUUCAUAGUGAUCAGAAGACACGCUUCUCAUUAAAAGGGAAGCUUGUUUACAAUUAUUGUGCAGUUUCAAGUUUCAGUGAAUAUACAGUAGUCCAUUCUGGAUGUGUUGUGAAAGUUAGCCCCCUUGCACCUCUUGAGAAAAUAUGUCUUCUGAGCUGUGGGGUUGUUGCAGAACUUGGUCCUUACAUUAAAGAGCUCUCAAAAGCAGGAGGUGCCAUACAGGAGUUUGUUAACCCGAAAUAUAAGAUGCCAGCAAAACUUCAUUUAAGUCCUCAACUCGACUUGAAUAUGAUGGAAAUGUGGCUUGCUUAUGCACCCGUGAAGAAUAAUGCUGAGGAUGCUGCUAAGGUACAACAUAAAUUCUAA